GCUACCCGCGAAAUCGUCAGAUCUAUCAAUUUCCAUUCGAAAUCGCCUUGUUCACUUUGUGGAUUCCGUAUCCAUGUUGCCAUCUGUCCAGAAUAAUGUACCAGAAUUGCUCCUGCAGCGGUCCCAGAUCGCCUUCUGUACUUCUUUCUUCCAGGGACGUCCGCGGGACCGAUUCCGGAACACCUCCACUUUGCUGUUGACGAGGAACCUCAGGUUCUACGAAUUCCGGCGUAAGGAUCUGCUGCACUACAUCGAUUUGCGGGGCACGCUACUCCAAAAGGUGGCCAGCCAACUGGAGAACUACGAUGGACCCAUGAGCCCGUUCCUGCCGAAGGAGGAGCCCACUGACGGAAGGCUGGACUGCAGCAUGCUCCAGCCGACGGACGAGCUGCCCCUCAAAUUCGGAAAGUAUGUGUGGCAGCAAGAGGAGAUCUUCCUGCUGAUUCACUGCUGGCAAGUUCUGCUGAUCCUGCGAAGACCCAAGGAGUACGGUUCCAACUUUGAACUGGUGGCAGAGCACGAGGAUGUGGUGGCUUUUCAUGUGGUUGGUGGCCCCAUUCCCUACCAGGCCGUCGUGGAGCUGAAGUUUGGCAAUGGCAAGCGGCUGUGCUGCGACUUCCAGGAUGACUCCUUGGACGAGGAGCCAAGCACCUCCGAAAAGGCCGAAUUGGCCUCCCAAAAUUGCGAGGCCCUGCUGCAGAAAGUGCACGCCGCCGAGGCGGAGCUCACCACCCAGCGUAUGCAAACCCAGAGGGACUUAGCCCUCGCCCAGGAAGUCCUGUUAUUCGGCCCGCCUGCCCAGCGAUCUCUGAUCCUGGAAGAGAAGCAGCCACUGCGGCGUUUUGGUGAUGUGUGGACCCGGAUAUGCGGCGAUUAUUUCGUUUGUGGCACCCUCCUGGUCAACGUAGCUGGCAGUCACCGCCUGAGCAUCGCUAGAGAUCUGUGUCCGGUGGUUGGUUUGGAUCCACCCAGCAAUUUUAGAAUGGAGCACCGCCUGUACGAGCUACCACUGCAGCCGGAUGGCCAGCCGCCCCUGGAUUACGACCAGCUGGCGCAGUUCUGGGCUUGCCAGGAUCAGCACAGUAGGCAGCUAAAAUGGCGGCCAGUUUCCAAGGCGGGACAGCUGCCGCCCGAGUGCUCCGCGGUGAUGGUCGUGCGUCUCCGUCUGGUCGAUCUCCUCCAGGCGGAGCAACUCCAUCUUUUGGUGCUGUACGAGAUUAAGAACUCAGCAGAGGAGGAGGCAUCCCCCAGGCAGAUGCACCUGGUUACCUUUGAUGUCAAGAAACUGUUGGAUGCGACGGAGUCCCUGGCUCCCAGUUUCUCACCCGCCACGCUGCACCAGGACUUUCUGGCCGUGAUGAUGACGCAAAGAGCACGUUGCUGCCUGAAAUUAGAGUUCCAGGCGACUGAGGACUGCGGGACAUUCGAGCAGCUGCUGGCUUCCAAGCUGCAGUUUGAGUUGAUACAAGCCCAGGAGGCGGGAAGGGAUCAGGAUUCCGACAUUCUAGACGACUCGUGCGCUGGCGCAGCCUUUCAGUCAACCUCGGCCGCCGCUGAUCCUGUCCAGCGUAUCUUCUACAACCGUCAGCCGCUGUCGCAAUGGUGUGGCGUCCUGAUCCUUCGGGAUGAUCCCGGCCAGCUGUGGCAUGUGUACGCCCAAACGGAAGACCGACUGCGCCUGCUCCAGCAUCGCCUGAUGCGCGAUCUGCUCCAGCUGCACUGCAAUGUUAAUGUUCUGGAGGUCAGUGAUCACAACCAAGCGCCCGCAGAUGUGGCCCUGGAAUUGGAGGCCAGCUUGAACGAGGAGCUGGAAGCCUGGAAGGAGGUGCUGAAGCCGGCAAGCAGUCACAAGCAGCGCCUGGAGCAACUGACGCAUCUCCACCGGGUGCAAAUGGCCAGCGAUGUGCUGGCAUCUAUGAUAAAAAGCCCAAAUGAUCCCGAAUAGCACUGCAUUCAUAUACGAAUUUUAUUUAGCGCAUGAACUACUUAUUUUUUAAGUAGGUUUUAUGAAUUUUACAUAGAUAGCGUAAAACAUUUAUACGAAAUAUAUGCCAUUUUUAUACCCUUGCAGAGUA